GCACCAAACUCUAUUCACACGGUUCAUUUUCAUUUUCCCCCAUUUCUUUUUGUCAUUUCCUUCCUGGAUUGCUUCUUGCUCCCUUUCUUUUCCACCCAUAAUCUUCCUCCAAGAAAACCAUGCUUGAUCCAAGAACUGAAUCUGAUGACAACCCUCAUCAGGCGUUUGAUCCCUUCAGAAGCAUAAAUGAUAGAAAUGGCAGUGGUAGUUGGAGGUCAGGGAGCUUUGGUGCAAGAGCAAGAAAAACAGGGGGAAACUAUCAGAACUAUUGGAAUUUGAAUGGUGAUGGAGUUCAAUUCAGGCCUCAAAAUUCAGAAGAUGAAUCAGGGGUUCAAUCACCACCUCUGUGGAAGAGUAGUCCACCGACAAGUCCAUUGAAUUCUCGGUGUAAUUCCAAUACUUAUCGGUCACUAUCUCCAACUUCAAGAACACAAGCCAUAGCCAGAGGACAAAGGGAACUCAUGGAAAUGGUCAAGAACAUGCCUGAAUCUUGCUAUGAACUGUCUUUAAAAGAUCUUGUGGAACAUCCCAGAAUAGAAAGUCCUAAAGAAGAAUCAUAUUUACUUGAGCAGAAAAAUUAUGAUGAUCGUCUUCAGGUUUUGAAUCAGAAAGUGAAGUCAAUAAGAAGGCAAGAAAGCAAGAACAGUGAGAAAAAAGCACAGAUUCUGAGAAGUAAAAGUAUGGAAAACAGGGAUUUGUUUCUGAAGAUGGUUUUUCCACUUUCUUUCAAAUCAAGAAAGAAGAAGAAUCUGAUGACCAAUACUCUUGCCAAAGUUUCUCCUAAGCCAGAGGUCCCUGAUAAAACAUCAAAAAGCGUGGAUAAAGAUUGGUGGAAGAAAAGAUUUUCAAGCUCCAGUGGGAGCGAAAGUGGUAGAACAAGCAGCAACGGUGGAAGCACUGGAAGUAGUGGUAGCAGCAGCAGCAGUAGUCGCAGCAACAGUGGAAGGAAAAGAAGUGGCUUCUUAACAAGUUGCUUCUCCUGCUUUUAUUCCACGAAAGGCAAAUCUCCAAAGUGAAAAGAGAAGAGUGGCAUUUUGAUAUGGUAAAGAACCCUUAUCUUCUGUAAACCCGGUGGUAUGGUAAUUCAUGGUGGAUGAAGAUAAAGAAGUUCUUUUAAUACUUGUCACAAAGUUUGGAGUUCAUUAUGUGUAUAUUCUCGGAAUUAUCAACAAAAAAAGUAGUACUAGUCCACUAGUUGUUACUUCUUUUAAUAUUUCAAAUAGGUGGUUCCUUUUUAUUUUUUUUGUAAAAUCAUCCUCUUUGUUUAUCUGAAAAUGAGUGGGCAUGCCCAUCUCAAGGUGCAAUCAAUUUGACAUUCCAAUGCAGAUUUUGGCACGAA